AUGGCCGAGUCAGGGAAUAGCAAAGCGAGAGAAGUGAAAGUGGUGCUUUUAGGUGAUACGGGCGUGGGGAAAUCGUCGUUGGUGUUGCGUUUUGUAACCAACAACUUUCGUCCGUACUCGGAGUCGACGAUUGGUGCUUCGUUUAUGUCCAAGAUGAUUGUGGUUAAUGACACACCGAUUAAGUAUCAAAUUUGGGACACUGCCGGUCAAGAAAAGUACCACAGUUUGGCACCCAUGUAUUAUCGAGGAGCUGCUGCUGCUAUUGUCGUGUACGAUAUCACUCGAAAGCAAUCAUUGACGACUCUUAAGAAUUGGGUCAAGGAACUGAAACAAUUGGGUCCGGAUAAUAUUGUCAUUGCUAUUGCUGGUAACAAGAGUGAUUUGGAAGACAAACGGGAGGUUCCAGCGUCUCAAGCUCGAGCGUACGCUGAGGAGAUUGGUGCGCUGUUUAUUGAGACAAGUGCAAAAGAAGACACGAACGUGUCGGAUUUGUUCAUCCAGAUCAGUCAAGCAUUGCCAAUUGCUUCUGCUGAGAGCAAUGCACUGCCAGAGAUUGUGGACCCGUAUGGAGGUGGCAAGAAGAAAGCUGGAAGUUGCUGUUAA